GCCCACCAGUAGCCAUUUAAUUUCAAAGAUAAAUACAAGUCCGGGAGCCACUUUGCAUAAUCUUCAACUUCUUCGAACCCUUCGUUCCCACAAAGCAGAGGCGAUUUCAGAAACAGAGGAAGCAGCUAAACCUACGAGAUUCAUAGGAACCCCGAAGUCAAUCAUGGUUUUGGCCUCCCAGACAGACCUUCCUUUCAACGAGAACGACUCACAAGACAUGUUCAUAUACCAAGUCAUCCACGAGGCCAAUGCUCUUCCCACCACCACCACCACCACCUCCUCCUCCACCGCCGCCAACGCCGCUGCAUUCAUCCAGCAGAGGCAACAAGCCGCCGCACAGAACGGGCUAGAGCCGACGAGGGCCGUCGGAAAGAAGCAUUACAGAGGAGUAAGACGGCGGCCGUGGGGGAAGUUCGCGGCGGAGAUCCGGGACUCCGCCCGGCACGGAGCACGCGUGUGGCUGGGCACGUUCGAAACCGCGGAGGAGGCCGCCAUGGCUUACGAUCGAGCGGCUUUUCGUAUGAGAGGCGCUAAGGCCUUGCUCAAUUUUCCCUCGGAAAUCGUAGCUUCUUCCGUGGAGAUGUCUUGUGAUUCUAAUAAGCCAAAUCUGAGCUCCUCGGGGAGAUUCUGUAAUCAAGAUUCAGAUUCAAGUGCUAGCAGCAGUUCCUGCGUUACUUCCAUUGGAACAGAUAGAACCUUGUUAGAAAGCACAAGCAGCACAAAAUACAGUUAGAAACAUCACUGCAUGUUUCUUGAAGUUGUUCUUAGUUUAUGUCUUGUCUUAUGAUAAUCAGUGCUUAACUUAUUGUCAAGGGACACACUAUAGGCGAUGAGAUGGUAAGAGUGGGGAAUCUGGGGAAGGUUUAAUUAGCACACGAAGGGACAAGGAAUUUAAGAUAAGGUAAUGUAAUACUAGAGAUUAAGGAACAUAAAGUUGUGUUUUCUCCUCUGUAAUUUGUUGGUUUCUGUAUGUCAUGAGCGACUGAGAGAGAUGUCAAUACAAUGCUAGUAUAUGAUUUGUCCAGAGACAAAAACCAGAGAUGUCUACGUUGUACAAAAAUUGUCUGAAAGCGUCGAAAUGGGGUUCGUGUCGCCAAUAAUGAUAAAGAACUGAACUCGAGUUUGUUUUGCUGGUUUGGUUUAGUCGUGCGGUUAUGUAGGUUGACUGGUCAUAAUAGAAAAGCCAAGAAAGGUAGAAAUU